AUGGCGCCGAAGUUCGGGAAAGCCAGUUCUGCGACCAAACGCAGCAAGAAGCCCCUGCAGAACUCAGGUCACUUUGCUCUCUCAGCGACAGAUCGGAGCCGCAGCCUGAGCAAGCCCAGCUUGAGCCCCUUGAGUCAAUUGUAUGAGCAGAAGCCGUUUGGCUUCAGCCCCAGCAGUCCACGAACCUUGCUUCAAAGUCGGGCAGUGGCAGGGCUCAGAGAAGAUGUCCGUCUUCAAGAGAUGUCUAGCUAUGUCACCUCCAGAGGCGGGAGCUCCUUACCGGUGCUGACGCCGGAAGUGCCGAUCGCAGCAGCCGAUCCCACCUUCCGGAAGAGCUACAGCUCCAGUCGAGGCUUCAAGGGCAGGAGCGAGGACGUCCUGGCAGGGCUGCCACCCAGCUACGCGCAGCACAUGAAUCAGACACAUCUCUCACAGCACGAGACCUUCGGAUCGCUACCGGACCUGCCUGGCUACAGCUUUCGCAGCACCACCGGAGAGUUCGCUCCCCUUCGAGGAACCCAAGGUGGCGCAUCAAGAGCAACGGCCACACGAGGAGAAAGAACAGGUGUUCAUUGGCGAGAAAUUGAGGACGAGCGCUCCACGCACGAGUCGGAGUCGGAGCAGCACCGCGCGCCGUCGCGGCCGAGCACUCGCGAGACGGCGGCCGGCUUGCGACACUCGGAGGGCAGUUCGAAGGCCCCCACGGCACGCUUCAUCUACUGCAUUGAAUUGCAGAACUAG